CGUUCUUAGGUUAUCGUUGUGUGCUAACAUACCGCGUGGGCAGAUUAGUCUGUUUUGAAACUAACGCGAAAGUUGUGAACUUGAGGAUGCCGGCAUUUCAUCCGAGCAUUGUAACACGACACUGCGCCAGAAGUGCCGAAAUACUUGCAGUGCUUUGGACUAUAAUCAUGAAGCACACUUGACGUUAAUUCUUCCCUCUCGUCCGUCUCAUCCUGACAAGAAUGAACCGUGGUGCUAUCCUUCUUACCGUUGUCUUCGUGGUGGUUUGCUCUGCCCAACUAUGUGGCGGAACCAACCGGUGUAUUCCGUUCAGCAGACAGUAUCCCGGGAAACCUUUUGGUUAUCUAGUACGUGUGGAUGUUGACACCAGUUUAGUAUCCAGUGAUAUUGUCCUCUCCAAUCUCUAUGGUCCGAAGAACAGCCCAUGUUUGUCUAUUCAAACGAAACCCAUCCGAGUGAAAAAGGCUUGUGAUUUCACUUCAGAAGUGGUGAUACCGAUGCCCGAUAUUCAGCAGAAAGAAGUCGGAACUCAUUCACUUUCGAAGGAUCAUUUUGUUUGCUCCAAAAAUGCUAGCAAUCAUCAAUGGGUUCACAUGGGUCUCGAAGCAAAACCCAUUUUUUCCGAGUUGGAAAUUGGAGCCAGAAAGCAUUUGCGGUCGAAAAGAAGUGCUCCUGCGGACGUUGAAAUUAUUGGCUUGAGAGUUGAGGGCGGCGGUGGAAGAAACCCCUACAAUAAUGACGACGGUAUUGCUACAAUAAUGGCGAAUACCGAUGCUGUGUUGCGGAUUUUUGGGAAAAACCUUGGAUCGGGAUUGAAAUUCAAGUUUGCCUACGGCUUGCCUUCGGAGUUCAAUGAUACCAUGUGCGAUGACUCUGGUAGUACGCGCGUAUUCACGACAGACGCAGGAAUAAACUCGAAUGCUGCGUUUCUGCCUGUGAAAUUACCAGACAUGUCGAGCUCAGAUGGUAGAUUUUACCUGUGUCUGAAGCAAGAAAUUGCGGGGGUUGGCAUAGCUUGGAAUGUCUUGGGUUCGGAUCCAGCGCUUCUCAUUCGCACAGACUCCAGGUUGCUUCCGGUCUGGCUCCAGUUGCUCAUCAUCGCCAUUCUAUUGAUUCUGUCUGGACUGUUUUCUGGUUUGAAUCUCGGUCUCAUGGCGCUGGACAGAACUGACUUGAAGAUAAUCUGCAACACUGGGUCUGAAAAAGAGAAGCGUUAUGCCCAAAAGGUGAUGCCGGUGCGGCAGCUGGGCAACUAUCUAUUGUGCUCGCUGCUCUUGGGAAAUGUGUUGGUGAAUUCGUCGCUGACGUUGUUGCUGGACGACUUGACGUCUGGGCUGGUUGCCGUUGUUGGAUCGACGAUGGGGAUUGUGAUUUUCGGCGAGAUUAUCCCGCAAGCAAUCUGCUCGCGACACGGACUGGCCAUAGGCGCGUGGACGGUGUGGAUUACGAAAAUUUUCAUGGCGGCUACCUUCCCUCUUUCGUAUCCCAUUUCCAAGAUCCUCGAUAAAUUUCUGGGCGAAGAGAUUGGAAAUUACUACAAUCGCGAGCGUCUCAAAGAACUUGUCAAGGUUACGAAUGAGUACAAUGAUCUGGAAAGGGAUGAAGUGAACAUAAUAUCCGGUGCACUUGACUUGAAGAAGAAGACAGUUUCCGAGGUGAUGACGAAGCUUGACGAUGUAUUCAUGCUGUCGUAUGAAGCCGUGUUGGACUUUACUACGAUGUCGGAGAUUCGACGGAACGCUGACAAUCGGACAAAAAAACGAUUGCGAAGAAACGAAGCUCGAGAAAACGAGUCCCUAUUCGUGAACAAGAGACUCGACACGAAACUGCGGAUCUCACCUCAGUUGGCCAUGGCUGCUUUGCAGUAUCUUUCUACGUCCGUGGAAGCUUUCAAACCGUUUCGAAUCUCGGAGCAGAUCCUACGAAAGCUGCUGCAGCAAGACAUAUUUUUUCUCAUCAAAGCGCCGAAAGUUUGGGAAGGCAAUGGCGAAUCGAGCUACAUGAUUUAUCAACGGGGAAAGCCGGAAGACUAUUUCGUCCUUAUUCUCGAAGGCAGAGCGGAAGUGAUCGUUGGAUCAGAAAACCUGACUUUUGAAGCUGGACCUUUCACUUGUUUCGGAAUGCGAGCUUUGGGAUUUCUCGACAAAGAUUCUGAAGCGAGCAAUUUUUGCGAACUGGUGGCGAAGCGAGUCAAUCCGUCCCGAGACCCUCCCGGCGACGACACCUUUGAGGAAACGGCGUUGUUGGUACCGCCUUCGUGCCACUCACGCCCUACGCUCAAGAAGAACAAACAAAAGAUCAACAACAACAACAACAUUUUGGCCGUGUGCUCAGGCGCGUGUCCCCAUUGGAACUCUUGUCCCUCGUUUAUCGGAAAACCACCACCACCUGACAAUCCCAGCACGUUUGUGCCGGACUACAGUGUGAGAGCUGUAACGGAUCUGAGCUUCAUCAAAAUCAGAAGUUCUCAGUAUGUCGCUGCGAGAAGAGCGACGGCCUUGUUUCAUUCCACGAAACAGGAGUGCAGUUCAAGAGACGACAAUCAACUGGAUUCGGAGGUUGACAAGAUUUGGAAAGACGCGGAGAAUAGCACGAAUCUGCAAAGGUCGCGUCAGCCGAGCGUUUCAUCCGCCUUGUCAACACCUUCAGCGCAGCGUCGAACUUCAAUGGACUUGACGAUCGACACGCAACCGCCGUCACCGUCGAUGCCCGGCCGCGACGCGACGACGACAUCCGUUGGUGACUGUGAGGAAGAACCCGGAACGGGUACCGGAACUGUCGUUUCGAAUCCAAUGACGACUUCCGUGUCUGUGGGCAACGGCGGCGUGCCUGAGAGCGCUGUCGUGGAUCGCGCUGGUGGCGAAGGAGAUUGUCCUUGCUGAUGAAUUCGGGUCCGGUCAUGUUCAUUUUUUAUUUCUUUUCUUGUUUUGGCGUUCAGUCAUUUUUGUGGAGCAUUGUGCGAAAUAUUCCCGGAAGGUCACUUUUUCCCCCUCUUCAACGUGUUCCUUCCAUGCACCUUCGCAAUUUUCCUGCAUUAUCUUUCGAACUUACAACUUCCGAACAAAAAGCCGCGUUUCCCGAAAAUGAGGAUUCGUUUGUAAAAUUUAUCUUUUUAGAAUUCGAAAGCAUUUCCGUCUAAUCUUAUUUUGUUUUUAAUCCAAAAUAAUAUUGAAUGUUUUUAUGAAUAUAUGGUUAUUAAAAUUUUUCUUUGAGAUAGUAGGCCUCAGAUCUGAAGGGGAUGAAAAUCAAGCUCUCGGUCGAAUGGUAGCUCCUCAGCAUUAAUUUGUUGUUGUAAUUUUAGGUUGAAAUUUGGACCAUGUCCUGUAUUACUGUAUUCAGAUUUGAAAAUAGAACCAGAAUUUUCGAGUUAAUUCCGCUAAAGCACCUGGAAAUACCCGUCAUGAUUGCUUUAGAGAAACAUUUCCCACGAAAUCUUUUUUUUAUUCUUGGGGGAACAGAAUAGUAGUGAUAUUGCUCCCGAAUUGUGUUCAAGCUCAGUUGUCUAUUUGCAUUCAGAAAAAUUAGUUGCUUUUUGAUUUCGUUCGUCUUCAAAUUGAUGUUUUCCUCGAUAUCUGAUUUCAAAAGUAGAAAUAAUGGUUAAGGUUAUUGUUUUUUUUCAGUAGCUUGAAAGUGUGCGAGGUCGAUUGUUUUUCAUUCGUUAGAGUUUCAUUUUUGUACGUCUGCAGUUUUUCGUAGAGGCAUUUUUAAAAAUCAUUUGAGAAAUUUAGAAGGUAUACGUCCGUGUGCCUCUCCGAGUAGAAACGUUACGAUGUGAUUGAAAAGCUUAGCGUUGAAUGUACGAAAAUAUGAAUGUAUUUGGGAACUUCGACCAAAUUUCGUAGAUGAACAAAUUUCCGGUGUCCAUGAUUGAGUUCGAAGUUCUAUUCAUCGUUCGAUUUCCAUUAAUUUACGUUUGAAUUAUUUUUCUUUUAAAUUUCCAAACUAAAUUUGUAUAACACGGCACUUGGAAAAUUAAAAAGGAGGGAAAGGGAUUCUGAGUGUUUUCCCUCUCUCGGCUUUUUAUUAGAUAAUAACAUUUGGAAACGAAUGAAAACACGGACGGUAGAAUUCUGCAAUUUCGCUUUUCUGACUGGGCUUCCAGAAUCUCAAAAUUUAAAGCAAUAUUGGUGCGAAAGAGACAUUGAAACGUGUUGUAACGUUAUCCUCGUGCUAGGAUCUGUUUGAUCGUCUUUUAUUCAUGAAAUCUUUUUAAAAUUUCGAUCGUCUUCUCAUUGAUUUCUCUGAACAUGAAAGAAAAUCAAAUGCGUGAGGUGUGUGAUCAAAUUUGACUCCGUAAUUUGGCAAGUGCUAGAAUGUGUCGAAACACUCGGAAGGAAACGGAUCCUCGUCAGAAUCCGGGGAACCAAUUCUUUGUCGGAUUCCAAAAGAGAAGUCUCGUCGAUUUGCGGUGGCUGGAAACGGAAGACAAUUUAGAUCGAGAGAAAUGAGUGAGAGAAACAAAUUUCGCGAUCUCUUCUUAGCGGUCUUUCCCGGCUAAUUCUUCAAAAUUUUGCGUGUCAUAUUUUUUUUUCAAUCUUUUGAGGAAGUUUUUUGUCCACGUUUCCGGGUUGUUCACUUUGGCAACGACGUGCAAUAAUAUUGAUAAGGAAAAGAAUCUUGGUACUGUCACUGCGUGCGUGUGCCGUUAUUUCCCUCCAUGUCCGAGGAAUGGUUUUUUUUUAGAUUCUGAAAGAGUGCAAUUUUCUGAUGAUGUCGAAUCCUGUCCCAUUUUUUGACCUUGAAGACUUCUUGAUCCGUGGUUGAGUGCGUUUCGGAAGAGCGUAUUGGUGAAACAGCUCUUGUGCGAGACGGGUUUUUAGUGCAAGAUCAUUUUACUCUGUUGAGGUUAGACUGGCCUUUUGAAAAGCUCUAUUUGAAAAUAUGUUCGUGACCUUGAUUGAUAUUUUUAUUGUUUGAUAGGUUUUCAUGUUGUUCUGCCCUUUUGUCGUUUUUCACGUCCUCAUUGCUUUGUAAGGACGCGUUUUUUCGUCUUUUUCUUUUUAUCCUAUCGAAAAAUUCUUUAAUGUUUCGCUCUUUUGAAUAGUUUGAUAUCGUGCAAUAGUUGCUUUUUCUCGUGCUAUUCUGUGGUUUCAUUGUUCUUAAAUUUUUGGGGACACCUGCUAGUUUGCCAUUCGUUGUUUUGAACGCGCUGCUUUCGCAACGGGAUCAGCUGUAAAAUUUUUCGCUAUUCGACGCGUGAAUUUUGUUCGAACUUCGUAAUUUUUUCCCGUCAUUCUUAAAAUUUAGCGUUUUCUUGUUGCAAGUGCCUGCGGAUGCGCGAUUGAGCUUUUCCGAGUGUUAUGUUUGAGACGCUGUUGAUGUGUUUUUUUGUUCUGCAUCUCCGAAAUCGUUUGUGUUCUGUGGCAUCAAAGCUUUUUUUUUUGUGUUUCAAAAAAGAGACUGGAUCAUGAACAAAUUCGAUUCCUCGAGAGUGUUUGCCAAGAUUUUGAAAACGAAGAAAACGCGUUGGCAGGAAACGAAGAGGGAAACAUUUUGUGGAAAAAUAUAAUCGAACAGGUGCGUGCAAUGAGGAGCUUUUCGUUUUAUGCAUCAUGAUUGCGUUUAUGAAAAAAUCGGUUUUCAGCAGUUUUAUGAGGAUUUGCUUUUGGAGUUCAAUAACUCGUGAUGUUCAUUUUUCCGCAAGAAAAAAAGAAGAAAUGCGAUAUGAACGACCGAACCGAGGAAGUCGAAUUGGCAUGCUUUUUUUUUGUGUGUGAAGAAUGUUGUCCCAUGAUCUACGAUGAAUAUUUUGUUUUGUUUUCGAAACGCAGGAGUAAAAAAACUUGCGAUUUGAAGAAGGAAAAAAGUUAUAUAGUCGAUAGUUUCUCCAGUCUUUUUUUUUUUCCGGACGGGAAAGUGUCGAUCGUGGGCGGUGAGAGAAAUGGUUUUUUGCUCGAGAAAAGAAUAUAUUCGUUUGAUGCAAUUGUCUCGGUAA